AUGCCUGCUUAUUUUGUCUUUCCUUUCUCUAUUUCUUUACAAACAUUUAUCUUUUCGCUCUUUUCUUUCGUUCCUCUAUUUCUUUAUUCUCGAUAUGCUCUCGCCUUUUCGUUCUUUUCUUUCUUGCCUCUUUUUCUCUAUUCUAAUUUUUUCCUCUUUAUCCCCUUUUUCACAUUUUUCUCUUUACCGUGUUUUUUUAUAUUUCUCUUCCUCCAACUUUUUUUACAUUUUUCUUAUUACCCCCUUUUUUACAUUUUUCUCUUUUUCUUCUUUUUUACAUUUUAUAGAUUAUCCUUCUUUUUUUUAUUUUUUUCUUUUGAACCUUUUUUUUACAUUUUUCUUCAUUUUUUUUUUUUUUACAUUUUUCUCUUUACCUUCUUUCUUUUGUGGAACAUUUUUUUUUUCGUUUUUUUUAUUUUUUUUUCACCUUUUUUUUUUUUUUUUCUUCUUCUUUUUUUUUCACAUUUUUUUCUUCCCUUCUUUUUUCACAGGCAAAAUUUAUUAAUUUUUUUUCACAUUUUUUUUUUUAUAAUUUUCUUCUUUUUUUCUCUUAACAUUCUUUUUCAUGUUCUUACAUAUCCUCUUUUUCACAUUUUUCAAUUCAUUUUGGAUUUUUUUACAUUUUUUUCUUUACCUUCUUUUUUUACAUUUUUCUCUUCACCUUCUUUUUUCACAUAUUUUUCUCUUCAUCUUCUUUUUUACAUUUUUCUUUUCACCUUCUUUUUUACAUUUUUCUCUUUUUCUUUUUUUUACUUUUUUCUCUUUUUUUUUUUUUUAAACAAGAAAAAUCCAAGACAUUUUUCUCUUUACCCCCCUUUUUUAUAUUUUUCUCUUUGCCCUCUUUUUUCAUUUUUAUUUUUACUCUAUCAUUUUAAACAUUUUCCCUUCGUGUUUAUACAUUUUUCUCUUUGCCUUUUGUUGUUUUACAACUUUCACUUCACCGUCUCUUUUUUUACUUGUUACUCUUUUUUUUUAGAUUGUUCUAUUUACCCUUUUUUUUACAUUUUUCUCUUUGCCCUCUCAUUUUUUACAUUUUUCUCUUACCCUCUCUUUUUACAUUUUCUCUUUACCCACUCACUUUUAUAUUUUUAUUUUUACUCCCUCUUUUAUAUAUUUUAUCUCCUCUCCCUCUCUCUUAAUUAUUUGUAUAUUUAUCCGGUCACUGCGUACCAGCCCGAGUGGUCGGUUCCUUUCUUUCAGAUGACUGCCCUUACACGCGAGAUACGGUCAAUCCUUUCACACUACAAAAGCAGCAGUGAAAAUUACAUGCAUAUCACAAAUAGAAAUUAUUUCUUUCAGUUGAUACCUUCUUCUCUUUCUUUAUUACACCAAUUAUUUCUAUCAAUUGAUAUCUUCUUCUCUUCAUUCUUUCCUUCUUUAAACCAAUUAUUUCUUUCUAUUGGCGUCUUCUUCUCUCCUUACAUUCUUUCUUUACACCAAUCCUUUCUGUCUAUUGAUAUCUUCUUCCUUUCUUUCUUCCCGUUAUUACACCAAUUAUUUCCUUCUAUUGAUACGUUCUUCUUCUCUUUUCUUUCUUUUCUUCUUUUCAACGACUUGUUUUCUCCGUGUUUUUCUAUUUAUUUCACUCUCAUUUUUCUUUCUCUCUUUGAGUCGAUUAUUUCUUUCUUCACACCGAUUAUUUCCUUACUUUUGAUAUCUUCUUUCUUAGUUUAG